AUGGCUGGCAGGCUCCUGUCUCCAUACCCACCCCUGGUGAUGGCAGACAGUGAGCGCGACAGACUUGAGUUUCUCGCGCACCGCCUCAUCCACAAGGCCCUCGAAGAGUACGACGCCCAUCGACAAAAUGGCUCCAAAGUGGAUGCCGAGAGCUGGAAAGUCGCCCGCAAAAGCGAUCAACUCACCAUGUACAAGCGAGCGGAUCCCGGGUACCACCUAAUGCAUUCCGUUAGUAUCCCCGGAUACGGCCCUCUGGAAGACCGCAAGAUCGUUCGUGGACAGAUAUCGUCGUGUAUCUUGUAUACGGAAUCACCAGAUUCUCCUGGUGUGGACGUGUUCAUGAAGGCGCGCUUUGACCCCAACGGCAACGUGUCGGAGAGCGUUGCAACGCAAUCAGCAGCUCUCGCCCUUAUGUAUGGAGCCAAAAUCGGCGUCUGUGCUCAGAACAAGAAACUUUCGUGGCUACUACGCUCUAGUCCGGACUCGCCCGUCCAUCGACCUUCGAGAUCGAUGAGUCUAACUCGACAACGUAGCUGUCCAAUCUGCGCCAAAAGUUUCAGCAUGUUCAGUGGUACGGUCGAAUGUGAAAUGUGCUCAACCGUCGUUUGCUCCGGGUGUUCAGCGAAGAAGAAGCUGGGCUUUGCCCGAUCUGGCAGCAAGCAGGUGGUGCUACGCCCCGUCGCCUUUUGCACUAGUUGCCUCACACACGCUCGUCGGUUGAAUGUCUUUGACGCAGCUCGACAAGAAGUGCUGGCGGGCUUUGACGAAACAAACGCGUCAAUAUGCACCACCGCCGUAUCCAAAGAGUCUACUAGUAACGUUCGACCAGAUUUGCUCGGGAACGUGCACAAUUGUCGUCGACGUGACUUGCAAGGACCGAAGAAAGCGCCGGCAAUAUCGAAAAGCCUACCGCCAGAUAUUACUAGACAUUGUAGUGAAAGUGUCUUGACGAAGAAAGAUGAUCAGCCCCGUCGUCCGCGUGUGAAUACGUGGGGAAACGGUGAUGUGGAGUCUCCAACCGCGACGAACCGUUGGGUUCGCCUUGAGCGCGAGAUGGCCAAGUCCACGCAGAUCAACGAGGUGGACGAGUUUGGAGAGAUCACAAUUCUCGAAAGCUCACUAAUUAAAGUAGACGACCCUCGUGACCAGCGUAGCUGUUCGUAUCCGACAGCUAGCCCAGCUGCCCCCACGCGAGCAUCUGCACAAGAAGAUUUCAUGGCUCGCAUCAUCGCCAUGCGCAACGCAGCAGAAGAUGCGUACCGGACUACACGCAAGACUGCGCAGGAGUUCGAGCUGCUCUCCAAAGCUCACAAACGUUUCAGUCACGACCAGGAAACUCUCGCUAUCCGGUAA